GUUCCUUUUCACUGUCUGUGGACAUUAAACAGCGAGCGGCGGCGGCGACCGGGAGCGAGCGGCCGGGCGGCGGGCGGGCGGGCGAGCGGCGAUCGGGCGGCCGAGCUAGUGAGCAGCGCCGGCGCAGCGCGGCGACCCCAGCCCCGGUCCGCGCGGAACAGGAGCCGGAGCGGAGCCAAUCUCGGCGCCCUCGCAGCGCGCCUCCCGGCCCGAGCCAGCCCUGCGCGGCGGCGGCGGCGGCGCGUCCUCCGGCGGCGGCAGCGGCGCUCGCAGUGCCUGGAUUCAGCUGUGCUUGGCCAGGUUGGACUGCUGGACCCCUGCCUCCUUACCCCCACCUCCUUUUCCUGACACUCUCAGCAGCCUUGAGUGCUGAUCGUGAGCAGAGGCCUUAGCAGGACGAGGAGGAGGCCGUUGGCGUCAGGCCAAUGCUGCGAGGGGUGUGAAAAGAGCCGAGGUCCAUCACUCCGCUGCCAGACCUAGAAAGGAUGGAGAUGGAGUGAGGCAGAGGCGCCGCGAACUGCUGACCGACCAGAACGUGAGACGCUGGUGAUUCUUGGGUCGCUGAGGCUGGACAACGUUCAUGGCUCUCGGGUAGAACCCAGCGAAACGGCCAGAAUGAAUUCUAUGGACAGGCACAUCCAGCAGACCAAUGACCGCCUGCAGUGCAUCAAGCAGCACUUACAGAACCCUGCCAACUUCCACAAUGCCGCCACAGAGCUGCUGGACUGGUGUGGAGACCCACGCGCCUUCCAGCGGCCCUUCGAGCAGAGCCUGAUGGGCUGUUUGACGGUGGUCAGUCGGGUGGCAGCUCAGCAAGGGUUCGACCUGGACCUCGGCUACAGACUGCUGGCUGUGUGUGCCGCGAACCGAGACAAGUUCACUCCGAAGUCUGCCGCCCUGCUGUCCUCCUGGUGCGAGGAGCUCGGCCGCCUGCUGCUGCUGCGACACCAGAAGAGCCGCCAGAGCGACCCCCCCGGGAAACUCCCCAUGCAGCCCCCCCUCAACUCCAUGAGCUCCAUGAAACCCACUCUGUCGCACAGUGAUGGGUCAUUCCCCUAUGACCCUGUCCCCUGGCAGCAGAACACCAACCAGCCUCCCGGCUCCCUCUCUGUGGUCACCACGGUGUGGGGAGUAACCAACACAUCCCAGAGCCAGGUCCUCGGGAACCCUAUGGCCAAUGCCAACAACCCCAUGAAUCCAGGCGGCAACCCCAUGGCGUCGGGCAUGACCACCAGCAACCCCGGCCUCAACUCCCCCCAGUUUGCUGGGCAGCAGCAGCAGUUCUCAGCCAAGGCGGGUCCCGCACAGCCCUACAUCCAGCAGGGCAUGUACGGCCGGCCCAACUACCCUGGCAGCGGGGGCUUCGGGGCCAGUUACCCCGGGGGUCCUAACGCCCCCGCAAGCAUGGGCAUCCCUCCGCACACCAGGCCGCCUGCUGACUUCAGUCAGCCGGCCGCCGCUGCCGCCGCAGCUGCAGUGGCAGCAGCAGCAGCCACGGCCACAGCCACGGCCACUGCCACUGUGGCAGCCUUGCAGGAGACGCAGAAUAAGGAUAUAAACCAAUACGGACCGGUCUGUUCCUCUUUCCAGAUGGGUCCCACCCAGGCGUAUAACAGCCAAUUCAUGAACCAGCCCGGGCCACGGGGGCCUGCCUCCAUGGGGGGCAGCAUGAACCCUGCAAGCAUGGCGGCUGGCAUGACACCCUCCGGGAUGAGCGGCCCUCCCAUGGGCAUGAACCAGCCCCGGCCGCCCGGCAUCAGCCCCUUUGGCACACAUGGGCAGCGGAUGCCCCAGCAGACCUACCCGGGCCCCCGGCCCCAGUCCCUUCCCAUUCAGAGCAUAAAGAGGCCAUACCCAGGAGAGCCCAACUAUGGAAACCAGCAAUACGGACCAAACAGCCAGUUCCCCACACAGCCCGGCCAGUACCCCACCCCCAACCCCCCGCGGCCGCUCACCUCACCCAACUACCCUGGGCAAAGGAUGCCCAGCCAGCCGAGCACCGGGCAGUACCCGCCCCCCACGGUCAACAUGGGGCAGUAUUACAAGCCGGAGCAGUUUAACGGACAGAAUAACACCUUCUCGGGAAGCAGCUACAGUAACUACAGCCAAGGGAACGUCAGUAGGCCUCCCAGGCCAGUUCCUGUGGCAAAUUACCCCCACUCACCUGUUCCAGGGAAUCCCACACCCCCCAUGACCCCCGGGAGCAGCAUCCCCCCGUACCUGUCCCCCAGCCAAGAUGUUAAGCCACCCUUCCCGCCUGACAUCAAGCCAAAUAUGAGUGCUCUGCCACCACCCCCAGCCACCCACAAUGACGAGCUGCGGCUCACGUUCCCCGUGCGGGAUGGCGUGGUGCUGGAGCCCUUCCGCCUUGAGCACAACCUGGCCGUCAGCAACCAUGUCUUUCACCUGCGGCCCACAGUCCACCAGACGCUGAUGUGGAGGUCUGACUUGGAGCUGCAGUUCAAGUGCUACCACCACGAGGACCGGCAGAUGAAUACCAACUGGCCGGCCUCGGUGCAGGUCAGCGUGAACGCCACGCCCCUCACCAUCGAGCGCGGUGACAAUAAGACCUCCCACAAGCCCCUGCACCUCAAGCACGUGUGCCAGCCGGGCCGCAACACCAUCCAGAUCACCGUCACGGCCUGCUGCUGUUCCCACCUCUUCGUGCUGCAGCUGGUCCACCGGCCGUCCGUGCGCUCCGUGCUGCAAGGCCUCCUCAAGAAGCGCCUCCUGCCCGCUGAGCACUGCAUCACCAAAAUCAAGCGGAAUUUCAGCAGCGUGGCAGCCUCGUCAGGCAACACAACCCUCAAUGGGGAAGAUGGCGUGGAGCAGACGGCCAUCAAAGUGUCUCUGAAGUGCCCCAUCACAUUCCGGCGCAUCCAGCUGCCUGCUCGAGGUCACGACUGCAAGCACGUCCAGUGCUUUGACCUGGAGUCAUACCUGCAGCUGAAUUGUGAGAGAGGGACCUGGCGGUGUCCUGUGUGCAAUAAAACUGCUCUGCUGGAAGGCCUGGAGGUGGAUCAGUACAUGUGGGGCAUCCUGAAUGCCAUCCAACACUCCGAGUUUGAAGAGGUCACCAUCGACCCCACGUGCAGCUGGCGGCCAGUGCCCAUCAAGUCGGACCUGCACAUUAAGGAUGACCCUGACGGCAUCCCCUCCAAGCGGUUCAAGACCAUGAGUCCCAGCCAGAUGAUCAUGCCCAAUGUUAUGGAGAUGAUCGCAGCCCUGGGCCCUGGCCCGUCCCCCUACCCACUCCCGCCUCCGCCUGGGGCCAACAACUCCAACGACUACAGCAACCAAGGCAACAACUACCAGGGCCACGGCAACUUUGACUUCCCCCAUGGGAACCCUGGCGGGACGUCCAUGAACGACUUCAUGCACGGGCCCCCCCAGCUCUCCCACCCGCCAGACAUGCCCAACAACAUGGCUGCCCUGGAGAAGCCCCUCAGCCACCCCAUGCAGGAAACUAUGCCACACGCUGGCAGUUCUGACCAGCCCCAUCCCUCCAUACAACAAGGUUUGCACGUCCCACACCCCAGCAGCCAGUCAGGGCCUCCAUUACAUCACAGUGGGGCUCCUCCUCCUCCUUCCCAGCCUCCCCGGCAACCGCCACAGGCCGCUCCCAGCAACCAUCCACACAGCGACCUGACCUUUAACCCCUCCUCAGCCUUAGAGGGUCAGGCCGGAGCGCAGGGAGCAUCCGACAUGCCGGAGCCUUCGCUGGAUCUCCUGCCAGAACUCACAAAUCCCGACGAGCUCCUCUCGUACCUGGACCCCCCGGACCUGCCGAGCAAUAGUAACGAUGACCUCCUGUCUCUCUUUGAGAACAACUGAAGCCCGCCCUCCGCCGGGGCCAUCCCUCCCCACUCCGCUCCUUCCCGUCGUCCCACACACUUUCCCGCUGGGAGCCGAGUCCUCAGACCCUCCCCCCUGCCAUGGCCUCAGCGCGGAGGGGCGGAGGGCGCCCUGUGAAGGCCGUGGUCUG